CGCGUCCUUGUCUGGCAGUACGAAGGCCAACGACACCAAUCCUGCCAUACUCUGUCCAUGGACUCAGCCUGAACAACUGAAAGCCCUAAUAAACAAGUGAUCAGUCCUCCUUCGAAUGUCGUCUCCACCUUCAACUCGCCCCUCAACGUCUUCCAGAGCAAAUCUGCAUGGCUCACAGUCCAUAUAUCCUCCAGGAGGUCUCAUGAUGUCCAGUUCACGUCCCUUCCUCAACAUGAUGAAUCCAAUGAGCCGUACACACCAAGGCUAUACCCAAGCAAACCAAUUUCUUGUCGAGGAAAACGAGAACGAUACUGCAGAGGAAGACCUAGAAGCAGGCCACGCGACCAGAGGGAUCCUGUCCAAGAGCACGAAAUCACACGGAAAACACAGAGUAUCGUGGGACGGGGAGAGUUCCGAGAUGAACAUGCUACGGCCUAACAUACGGAAGGAAGACAGGACAUACGAGCAGGAAUCGGAUGACGAUGUUCCUCAGCGUUUCAUGAUAGAGGAUUCGCCAUUGUCUGGCCGCCCCUCUAAGGGCAAGGGCCGCUCGCAACCACUGUAUUCCACAUCCGCACGAUCUCUUCCACAUGCAACAGCACCUCCUACAGAUACUUUACCCAUGCUUUCAAUACCUCCUAGACCGUCAGAAGUAGACGUCGACGAACCUCCGCAGACGCCACCAGAGCGGCUACAAGCAUCACCCAAGCCUAUGCGUGGGUUGGACGAUUACGAACGUGCGCUCUGGAACUGGGUUAACGUCUAUAACCUGGACGCGUUUCUGCAGGAGGUGUAUCUAUACUAUGAGGGCAAAGGGAUUUAUUCCAUAGCGUUAGCACGAGGACUCAAUCUCCUCACAGUAGGAUUCGUAAUUGGGUUUUCGACAUUCCUACUUGGGUGUGUCGACUACAGUCUCAUUAGUGAGGAUGAAACUACUCACUUGUCUGACGCGGUGGUCGACCGCUGCGUAUCAAAGUUCUCUGGAUUUACGCUACUCUUCUUUCUGCUUUUCGCUGCGUUCUAUGUCUGGCAAAUUAUAUCUUUUGUCUUCGAGGUCAUGCGCUUGGUAAACAUGUAUAAAUUCUACACCUACCUUCUACGUGUCCCAGAUGCAGAUAUCCCGACCAUCGCCUGGCCCGAAAUUGUGCGCAGGAUAGCCGCGAUACGAGAAGAAAACCCCAUAACGGCCAUAUCUUCAGCGCACGGGACUAAUGCUGCAACACCAGCAACUGCUUCUCUCGAUGCGCAUGACAUAGCGAAUCGUAUCAUGCGGCAAGAGAACUACCUCAUCGCACUGUUUAACAAGGACGUGCUUGAUCUUCGCGUGCCGCUUCCUCCCAAACUUAAACAGCUGUUGAGGGCAAGUGAUGAUGGCAAGGGGCGGACAUUAACGAGGGUGUUGGAGUGGAAUUUACGGUUCUGCUUGAUGGAGUACCUGUUUGACCCGCAAGGACGCGUCAGGAAGGUGUUCUUGAAGACCAAGAAUAGAGCCGUCCUAAUUAAUGGGCUUCGUCGACGCCUUGUUUUUAUGGGUAUCUUGAACGCUAUCUUUGCGCCAUUUAUCGUCCUCUACAUGAUUAUGUAUUCAUUCUUCCGCUAUUUCGAGGAAUACCACAAAAAUCCGUCAUCAAUCGGUGGUCGGCGCUACACACCCUUUGCGCAAUGGAAGUUUCGCGAGUUCAACGAGCUCUCGCAUCUCUUCACGCGGCGGCUAGAUGAGUCAUAUCCCCUUGCGAGUAUGUACAUCGGCCAAUUUCCCAACGAGAAGAUGACAAUCAUCAUGCGUUUCGUGGCAUUUAUUGCCGGGUCCUUCGCAGCGGUGCUCGUGCUCGCGUCUGUCAUCGAUCCCGAUUUGGUCUUGCACUUUGAGAUCACGCCGCAUAGGACUGUCUUGUUUUAUCUCGGUGUCUUUGGGUCCGUGCUUGCCGUUGCCAGAGGGAUGAUACCAGAGGAUAACAGGGUGUUCGAUCCUGAGCUGCUCAUGACGGAAGUCAUCCAAUAUACGCAUUACAUGCCAGAUGAAUGGAAGGAGGAGCUACAUUCUAAGAAGGUUCACCAAGAAUUUGGAGAGCUUUUUGCGAUGAAGAUACCCAUUUUCGUACAGGAGAUCGUCUCGGUCUUGACAACACCGUUCAUACUCUGGUUUUCACUCCCACCAUGUGCACCUGUUAUUGUUGACUUUUUCCAUGACUUCACUGUCUGGGUACCUGGAAGAGGUUAUAUAUGCAGCUUUGCUGAGUUCGACUUCAAGAGACACGGCAAUGUCAGGUUCGGAGCUCCUUCGCAGAACCAAGACGAGCGCAUGAUGUCGCGAGAGGGCAAGAUGGAGAAGAGUUUCUUGAACUUCAAGGCUGCAAACCCGGACUGGAACCCAUCAGAUCCCUCCGGCUCCCUGUAUCUCAGCCGCAUCGCGGACCUCAGUGCGCGGCGCAGACUUUCCACGUCAAGAACAGCGUUAGACAAUACCGUCCUGCUGAACGAUGGCAACAAAGACCCCGCGGAACGUGUUCACGAAUACGACCGCGCUCUUCGGCAGAGCCAACAUGCUGCCCUCCGGCGGAGACUUCAGCUAGGUGGGGGCAACAUUGUCACACGAGGAGGCGGUGGCGUUGGUUCUUCUACUAUAUGGCAGUCGGCCAUCGGCUCGAAUUCAGCUAUGGGCAUGGCGCAGACCGCGGUACUUGGCGACUCGCAGGGAAGUAUUGCGCCUCUACCGCCGCCGAUAAGGGAUGAGGAUAGGAAUGCAGAUGGUGGUGUUGGCAGUGGACUGGGCGAUUCGUACGUUGAUGGGGACACUCAGGGCAAGAAGCCGUACGAAUCGCAGCAGGAAGGGAUUGAUGACGAAGAGGAGUUGGAGGAUGGUGGGGUGCUUGGACUGCUGGCGCAGAUAUAUGCUGCGAAGGGGACUAAACAUGUUCCUGUUAUCUGAGGAUUGCAUACAUGAUUUCUAUUAUAUCGCAUAUCACAUAAUAUUGCACAUUUGAGACGUAUAUCGCACAUAUGAAUUCUAUCUCGCGUUUUG